CCUAAACAAACUUCAAGUACCUAUCCCAAAAUGUUCUCAACACGUUUCUUUUGUUUGUGUGGAUGGUUUCACUUUUGGGGACCAGACUAUGGCACAGUACGACGUUUCGCUGUCGCAUAUCCUGACCGCCUUGAUGACGGUAGAGCGAGCCAUCAAGUGCGAAACUGGAACGUUUUUUUCAUUUUUUUGUCACUGCAUCACUACCCUAGCUAUUAGGACGUUAUGUGUCCCAGCAUCGAGGCGAUUAACGGAAUGUUCUUCCGCGUCAAUCCCGUCAGUGUGGACGAAGGCGACAAACUGAUCAAGAAAACCCAACAAUCCGGUCGCUAUCCUCCCAAACACGACGACAUCCAGGAUGUAACGGAGGACUUCAGCGUUGAGGAGACGGAGAUUCUGUACAAGCGCAGCAAGAAGGCGCCCGAUGGAACGUUUCAUCUCCUCCUCGACCAAGAAAAUCUGCCCCAGGCGUUGUACGCCAUGGUUAUUGGCAAGGGAGGGCAGGCGAAGAAAAUCAUUGAAGAAGCCACAUCAGCGCGGAUUGUUAUUCCGGAGAAGCGGGAGCAGGAACGUGGGAAAUCUAUCGAGAUAAUUAGCUACGACGACGUCCAGUUGGUCCUAUGUCGACGCAGACUGUUGGCGUCAUUCCAGAAUUGCCGCAUGAGAAAUCCCUUCACGCACUUCGUGUGCUUCCCUCUUUUCAGUACCGCGGUGCGGCAGCGAUUCCAGGUGUUUAAAGAUGAAGUUACCGAGAAAUGUGGAGGGGCGCGUGGAUUUUCCCAAGAUCUUUUCCAGAAUCCGAAAAAGCUUCACCUCACAGUGGGAACACUGGUUUUAUACAAUCCCCGGGAGUCCGAUGUGGUGAUGGAGAGUGUAGAGGCGUCCGUCAGCGACUGCUUAUCAAAGCUUUCCUCUGCGCAGACUCUUACCUUCCGCCUCCGAGGGCUGGAAAUCAUGAACGACGACCCUACCGACGUAGACGUCCUUUACGGGAAGAUCGAAGAUCCUUCAGGUAUCCUGCAAAAACUAGCCGACCGCAUUUACCGUCAUUUGGCCCGCGCCAGUCCGCGUUUCCUCCUCGAUCAACAUGAGAACCGUGACUUUGUCAAAUUGCACGCCACUCUUAUGAAUAGCCGUUUCAGGAAGGGCGAAGAAGUCGGGGAAGACGAUGCCGGUGGCAACAUGAAGCGGAAAGCCUUCGAUGCCUCGGGCAUUCUCCAGCAGUUUGGCGCCUUCGAUUUCGGUGAAUGUGAGUUGGCGGAAGUACAUCUGUCGCAGCGAUAUUCUUCGGGGGAGGAUGGAUUUUACCGGCCUACUCGCAUGUUGAAGAUUGAUGCGAGUUUUUUUACCGAGAGUGGUGAUACGGUGGAAUGUUAUGGAGAUGAACCGAAUUGUCAUUACGAUGAAAAAGAAUUUGAAGGUGAAAUGUGAUUUUUGAUUGCUCGUAGCUAGCACUCAAAGUGAUUAUACUACUUGAAGAAAUUUUGUGUUUUAUUUGGUGGAUUAAAAAGAUCAAGUAGCCGGA